AUGCCCGAGCCAGCCAAGUCCGCCCCAGCGCCCAAGAAGGGCUCCAAGAAAGCCGUCACCAAGGUUCAGAAGAAGGACGGCAAGAAGCGGAGGAAGAGCAGGAAGGAGAGCUAUGCCAUCUACGUCUACAAGGUGCUGAAGCAGGUCCACCCCGACACCGGCAUCUCCUCCAAGGCCAUGGGCAUCAUGAACUCCUUCGUCAACGACAUCUUCGAGCGCAUCGCAGGGGAAGCCUCCCGCCUGGCUCACUACAACAAGCGCUCCACCAUCACCUCCCGGGAGAUCCAGACCGCCGUGCGCCUGCUGCUGCCCGGAGAGCUGGCCAAGCACGCCGUCUCCGAGGGCACCAAGGCCGUCACCAAGUACACCAGCGCCAAGUGAGCGUCGCCCCCGCUCUCCGGAC